CGGCUGCGACGCAUGUCGACGAUGCAGAGCCUCGCAGGGGAUACCCGCAGCUCGUUCAAGGUCAUGAGCCCGAAGGACCUCAUGGCGCAGCUCCAGAGCAAGGCCAAGGACGAUGAUGAGGACGACGACGAAGAUGAUGACGAAGAGGAGAUGGACUAUAGCGAGACGUACAUGGUCGACCUCCUCAUCGAAGGCAACAUGGUGCCCCUCUUGAAGCGCCUCCAGACCGAGACGAUCUCGGAAGACGACUUGCUGGCCGUCACGAUGGACCUCAACAUCCUCUCGGCGGCUGCUCUCUACGGCAAUCACAAGGUCGUCGGCCUUGUCUUGCAGAAGACCAACUACAAGCUGCUGCCAGACUAUGCGUACACACCCAUCUACUACGCCGUGUACAACAACUUCAAGCGGACGGUCAAGGUGCUUCUCGACCACAUACACGGGAUCGACCUCUCGGCCACGGACGAGUAUGGCUCGACGACGCUGCACAUUGCGGCCGCCUAUGAGCACAACGAGGUGCUCCAGAUGCUUCUGGACCGCGGCGCGCGCGUCGACUUCGCCAACGAGCAUGGCGAGACGCCGCUGCACAAGGCCGCGGCCCACGGCAACGUGCUUGGCGUCUCGAUCUUGCUGCGGAAUGGCGCGUUCGUCAACAAGCUCACGGCGGUACGAACGUAG